GUUUUAGAUACGAUUGAGAUGAUGCGUUGGUGCUUAUUGGACAUUAUAGCCCUGCUUGACUAGGAUAUAGAAGACGAGAAUGAGAUGUGGCUUGUGUGGCUAUGACUGGAUCCACUCCAUUACCCUGACGAAUUUGUUCAUUACAGCUGUUAUGUGGUCCGCGGCCCAGCGCAGCCUCCGAGUCAGGUGCAACGCCAUACAUCAACCACACCCCAUGGCUGCCCGUUCGGCCAUCACCCUCGUCAAGGCAACCAAGACAGCCCCCCUGGGUACCUUGCAUAUCCAAUGCCACGUCAAGCCCGGUGUGAGCAAAACACGAGAGGGCAUUGUCGCCGUUUUGGACGAUAUGGUGGAGCUCUGCGUUUCCGCACAACCGAGACAAGGGGAGUCAAAUAAGGCUGUUCUGAAGAUCAUGAGUGAAGCGUUGAGCAUACCGAAAACGAACUUGCAAAUUGUGCGUGGGUUGAAGGCUAGAGACAAGACGAUAGCGGUAACACCGCCUGUAUCAAGCGCCACGAAACAGAAUCAUUCAAGUCCAGAGCCGCAGGAUUGGGCGUUGAUUGUGAGGACGAGGCUUCUUGAGCAGGCUGCUGAUGCUGCAUGAUGUCGCUCCUGCGGGGCUAUCGGUCUGUUGGCGCCUUCGCUCAAGUGCGUACUACUUGGCACCAUGACCCACAGUAAUAACUCGUCGAAGUGUUCCUUACAUAUUAUUGAUGUCCCAAACAUACAUUGAUUGGAUCGCAGUGGGUUAAACCGCCGUGUUUUGGCUUGACGAGGAAGACUCCGCAUGAUGAUUCGCCAUGGUUCAAAGCCUCUGUUCAUCGAGCGGGGUCGUUUUGCACUUGCACAUCUUUGCAGGUACACGUCGACAAAUUUGCAGUUACCAGCGAAUAAGAAGAAACGAAAAUGAGUUCAGGCCUAAGCGGUUUGCUCUUGUGCCAC